AGUCAGAUGUUUGUUAUUGUUUUUGGACAGCUGAAACGGAAUUUUAUUAAAUAAAUAAAUGUAUGUCGCAUGAACAGCCGCGAAUUUGUCAACUUUCAAAAUCAUGAAAGGCGGAACUUUUCGCAACACGCAAUGGGAUCCGACGCUGCUAACCUCCCAAAUAAUAUCGAUGCAGUUCUGCGUGUACUUCACACUUGGCCUGCUUGUGUUUGUGGCCAACAAGUUGUCUGGCGACAACUACACUCUGGACCAUUUAUUCGAAUAUCGUGAAAUACACAUAUACGACCUGGGCGGCAGGCUGGUCAUUUGCGCCUUUGUCGUAAAUGCGUUUGUGGCUUCGCUGGCUUUGUGGUGUAUAGUGAGACGGGCGAAGCUGUGUCUGGACUUCAGCUGUACCUUCCAUGUUCUGCAUUUGCUGAUCUGCUGGUGGUACAAUCGUUCAUUCCCCGCGAAUGCCUCCUGGUGGCUGCUAAACGUCAUAACAGGAACCAUCAUGUGCAUAGGUGGGGAAUUUCUCUGUCUUCAAACCGAAAUGAAAGAGAUUCCAGUGGGCUACGCUGCGCUCAACCAAAAGUCAGACGUUUGAUGGUCGCCAAUGGCAUCCCACACCACUUGUGAUGCUUGUUAGCUUUCCCCAAGCCACCCAAUUCUCUAACGUACAUGUAAUUUAUUGUUAAACUAGAAUACGAUUACAUAGCAUAUACCCUGU